AUGGAAGCCUGUCGCCGAGGAGUAGACAUCCUCUUCUUCAUCUACUCGGCACGGAAACGCUUUGCUCGCCGUACUGUCCGCCGCGACACGUUAGCGCAUGCCGCCAUGUUAGGCGUCUGGAACUCGACCAUCGUCUUCGUCCUGGCCGGUACAGAGGCUCCUACACUGGCAGCGUGGAACAAGUUGGAAAUGGAGGCUUUUGGAGAUGCUGUCACCCUUCCAUUCAAAGACGUCUCCGCUAACCUCAUUUACAAGUUUACAAUGGGACUUCAUUGGAUGUCCGCUCACUGUCCCAAUGUCAAGCACGUUAUCAAGCACGAUGACGAUAUUUCCAUUCGUCCCGUUCAGCUGCGCAACUGCCUCCGAAAGCGAGUGAAUCCACAGGACGAAAGUGAAUCCAUAGACGAAACAGUGAACUGUUUCGUCUGGAAUCAAAUGCACAUUUAUAGAGAAGUCAAUCAUCUUUCCUAUGUUCCUUAUCAAGUGUAUCCGGAUUCCGCCUUUUAUCCGUACCGUUCCGGUCGUGUUAUCAUCAUGCAGGGUUGGAUAUUACCGGAGGUGUACCAGAUGUCUUUGAGGAUACCCCACCUAUGCCCACGAUGCCUAUGUUACCGGUCAGCUGGUGCUCGCUAUUGGAGUGGGGCACGAGAAUAUUGCGAAGAAAAUUAG